AGGUAGCCCCGGUGACCUCGGUCAGCAGGAGGGAAUAGACAAAACGGUGACAGAAGAGAAGCAGCUGUACCUAGAAGUCGGUGUGGAAUACAAAGCCCCUCUUUCUGCUUUGCAUACCAAGAAACUCCAUCUGUCAGCCAUAGAGGGUUUCAGAGGUCACGACGAGGGGACAUCCAAAAAUUACCUAACCAGCACACAAAAGCUUCAAGAGAGCAAGAAGCAGAUGGCCACCAUAGCUGAGCCCAUCCUGAACGCGAGGAGGGACACGGAGCUGGCGCCGCCCCAGUUCUUCCUGCACACCUCCAAAAGCCAACCCAUCUGUCUACCCCAGGCCUCUGGCAGGAGCACGCCGGCAGGAGCCACAGGCUUGGAGUGGUUUCCAGACUUAUAUCCUAAUUAUGAUGGGCUGAGAAUUAUUCCAGGGAAGCCUUUCCGAGAUGACAACGUGGGCAUCGCAGUGAAGACACCGAAGGGCAAUUUCUCAGAGGGCCAGCAAGGUCCCCUCUCAGAGAGGCGGCUGCUGGACGUGCGGCUGGGGGAGCUGCCCCUGUGGUUGGCCACCCGUGACAUCUCUCCCCAGGGACUGCUUGGAGGAGUGCAGAAAGCCUGGAGCAGCUAUUACGACAAAUACAUCAACGUGAAGAGGGGUGGAGGAGCGGGGAUCUCCAUGCUGCUGGCCGGGUACUGCCUCCUCAGCUACGGCUGGAGCUACCAGCACAUCAGUAAGGUUUCCUUCCUGAGUGUCAUCGCUGGCGUAAAUACCACUGAGGAAGCUGGAGCAGUACCCAAGGAACAGUCACAGAUACUGGACCAGGAGUCAGCAGAAGUGGCCAGGACCAGUGUUCCCACCAGGAUCCAGACCAGCAGAGCCCCAUUCACAGCCAGACACAGGCUCUUUAAUCCCUGA